UGUUCCUGCCGCCAGCAAGGAAAUGAAAACGCCCCCAUGUGUGAGCCAAAAAGCCAACGACCUGGGCAGGGCAGGCACAAACUGCAGAGCGGGGAAAAAAAUAAACACACCGGAGUCGGAGGAGUCCUGCCGCAGAGCAACUAUAAAAAGGACACCCUGCAACCGUGUGUACCGGAGUCUCUAUUGGUGUCAGCCAGCAGCUUACAAAGUCAGACGCAUAUACACAGGCCGAGCACUGGAGUCCAGGUGGCAACUGCUAGACAAAAACGAUGUGCACGCCCCCACAAAAGACACACACACACACACACAGACAGGAGCGUACAAGAGCACAAGGAGCAGAAGGACCAGCCAGCUAAACGACCAGACUUUGAUUCACUCAGUUGGCAGACCUUUAAAAAGCAAUUAAGGACAAUACGAUUUGGCCCUCAAAGGCUACAAGCUGUCAACGAGUUGAGAAUGAUGGUGGUAUCUGUAGCAUCUUCCAUCCUUGGGAAAUAAACAACUCGGGCGGAGCUCAGCAUGCGGUGGUAAAUGGCAGUAAA